AUGGAUAUUGAUGUGUAUUUGCAACCAUUAAUCCACGAGUUAAAGUUAUUGUGGGAAGGUGUUCCUGCCUUUGAUGCGCAUAGUGGAAAUAAAUUUAAGAUGCGAGCAGCCUUACAUUCCACUAUAAACGACUUUCCGGCAUAUGCUAUGUUGUCCGGUUGGAGUACAAGAGGUUACAAAGCUUGCCCUACAUGUGCCCAUAAUACUAAUUCAUAUUGGUUUGGCGGCAGAAUGUGCUACCCAGGGCAUCGAAAAUGGUUGCCAAUUGAUCAUCCUUAUCGUUCUCAAGGUAAUUUAUUUGAUGGGGAAAAUGAAUACGGGGUUGCUCCGGUCCCUGCAAGUGGGAUAGACAUUUUGAAGGAACUAGAAAAGGUUAAGUAUGUUUAUGGACAAUCAAAGAAAGCACAACCAAAGAAAAUAUCUAAGAAAAGAAAGAGACUUCAAGGUGGAACUUCUCAUGAUGAGCCGGAUGAUGAUGAUGGUGGUGAAGAGGAAGCCAAUGUUAUUUGGAAAAAGAAAAGUCUACUCUUUGAGUUGGAGUAUUGGAAACAUAAUCCUCUAAGACAUAAUUUAGAUGUUAUGCACAUUGAAAAGAAUGUGUGUGACAAUGUGAUAGGAACUCUUUUAGAUAUGGAUAAAAGUAGAGAUGAUAAGCAAGCAAGACAGGCUCUCAAAGACAAAAAUAUAAAAUCUCAUCUUUGGCCUCAAUCUGAUCCAAAUCGUGUUAAUGACCAUUUGCCUCCCGCUGAAUACACCAUGUCUACAGAAGAGAAAGAACGUUUUUUAAGGGUCAUAGAAAAGCUUAAAGUUCCCGAUGGAUACGGGUCUAAUUUGCAAAGAUGCGUAAAUAUUAAGCAGCGUAAACUUAUUAAUUUGAAAAGCCAUGACAAUCAUGUCCUCAUGCAAGAUAUUCUUCCUAUUGCUUUAAGAGCAUCGAAUGCCACUAAAGUUAUUGACUUGCUUGAGGAGUUGUCUGACUUUUUCAAGAAUAUUUGUUCGACCACUAUUCAUUCUGAUGAUUUGGAUACCAUUCAGUCAAAGCUUGUAUUGACUCUUUGUAAGUUGGAGAAAGCUUUUUUACCAAUAUUCUUCACAAUCAUGGUUCAUCUACUAAUCCAUCUAGUGGAUGAGGUCAAGCUUGGCGGACCUGUUCAAUACCGAUGGAUGUAUCCCAUUGAAAGGUACUUGGCAUUUUUGAAAUCUCAUGGAAGCAAUAAAGCCCAACCUGAAGGGUCAAUUGCGGAAGGGUACCUCUUAUGGGAGACAAUUACAUUCUGCUCUAGAUAUUUAGAAAGUGUCGAGACCAUAUUCACCCGACCGAAAAGAAAUGAAGAUGGUGUUCUAGACAAUGACACCUAUUUAUAUCAUUCGGGUUGUCGUGUGGUUGGAAAGCAAGAAAACGCCUAUAACAUAGAUGUUAGUACAACAGAAGGAAAGUUGAGAAAAGCCUUGGCCGGUGGUUUAAGUAAUUACAGUAAAAAACUUAAAAGCGUCAUUGUCAAUGGCUACAAAUUUGAUACUGUGGAACGCGAGCGAUUUCGCAAGACACAAAAUUCUGGAGUUUUUGUGGAAGCAAAUGGCCAAGAGUAUUAUGGAAGACUCCAAGACAUAUUCGAAUUAAAUUACUAUGGUUCUUUCAAGGUUAUAAUGUUCCGUUGUGAAUGGGUUGAUAUACAUAGGGGUUUGAAAACAAACCCAAAUGGUAGUGUUCGUGUAAAUUUCUCGAAGUUGAUGCACACUGGCCAAAAUUUGCAUGAUGAUCCAUUUGUUUUCUCAUCUCAAGCAAAACAAUGUAUUUACAUUGAGGAUGAGAUACAACAAGGAUGGUCGCAUGUUGUUAAGACUAAGCCUAGGGACUUCUUUGAUAUAGGCGAUGAUGAGCCUUAA